AUGAAUACCACCCACACCUACAGCGUGCAUGCUGCAGAACUGGCCCUCAGGCAGCAGAUGGAGGCCCUUCAGCAGCAGUUCAAACAGAGAGACUGUGAUUGGUCCGGAGUUCGAUGCCAGCUGGAGGAGCUGAUCAGAGAAAACUCUGAGCUGAGGGAAAAAACAGCUGUUACGCCACAGUGCCGCUCAGUGGCCAACCGAUGUGCCGCACAAACACAAACUGUACACCAAGAGGGACCAACACAGAUGCAGCAGCUUCUCCCUAAUGGGUGCAGCCUGGUGACUUUCAAUAGCGGGACAAGGAAAGUAACCUCUGCAGACCAGAAGACGAAGACAGUCACAUUCUUCAACGGAGACAUCAAACACAUUUUGGAAGAUGGAAAAGUGGUGUAUUACUAUGCUGGCUCACAGACGACACAUACCAUCCACACAAGUGGUCUGGAGGUCCUUCACUUCCCCAACAAGCAGAUUGAGAAGCGACACCCUGGGGGGAAGAGAGAGAUCUUAUUUCCAGACCAGACCAUCAAGUAUUUGGAGCCCGACGGCAGCGAGAGGACAAUCUUCUCUGAUGGCACCAUCGUUCACCUUUCACCAUCAGGUGAGAAGAUGAUCGAUUUCCCCAGUGGUCAGAGAGAGAUCCACACUUCCCAGUACAAGAGGAGAGAGUAUCCUGAUGGGACAGUUAAGACCAUCUAUCCCAACGGACGACAGGAAACCAAGUACGCAUCAGGCAGAGUACGCAUCAAGGAGAAGGAAAAAGUCACCAUCUGACAUCUUAAAUGAACACAUGUUCAUAUGUGUAAGUGUGAGAUGGAGAGUGUUUAGUGUGUGUGUUCAGGGAUGUUGUGCAGUGGAAAUACCUUUCCAUUAUGUUUUAAAUGAGGAUCAGUAAAGCAGUGAAAAUAUAUUGCA